GGGGUGCUGAGGGUUCCACCGGUAGGACUUACAGAACCUGCGACAGAGAGGCAAGCGCUAAACCACACCUAAACCACGGAGGUGCAGACAACCCCGCCCCGGGCCCUCCGUUACCCUGGCUAACGGGGGGAUUGGACCGUUGUCUGUGCAACUCAGGAAGGGGGAGUGUGUGAAGAGUCCUCUGCCGGGAACUGUGUGAAACCAAGCAUUCCUCGCUGGGUGGGGUGCAAGGACUCCCAGCAGGCCCUGCUGCCCACUGCUCGCGCUGUCUGGAGCUUGGAAGACUCCUCGCAGCUGGCUCCAUGGAACCCCACCGCAGCCUCGCCCUGCUGACUGGCUGCCUGGGCUUGCUGUCGACCCUGGUGGCUCUGAGCACCGAUCACUGGUUCGUGGCCAAGGGGCCGGGUUUCUUGUUUCACACGGGGCUCUGGCCCCAAGUGGCUGGGGUCCCAGUGGCAGACUACAUCCACGUGACACAGGCCUUCAGCAUCCUGGCUGCCCUGUUUGCCCUGGUGGCUGCGGUGUUCCUGGCGCUAUCUUAUAUCGUCUCACUGUCGGCCCCGGGCAACGGUCCCCUGGUAUCCACCAUCACAUCCUUCGCUGCCGUCCUGUGUAUGAUCGUGGCCAUGGCGGUGUACACCAGCGAGCGGUGGGACCAGGUCCCGCACCCCCAGGUCCAGACCUUCUUCUCCUGGUCCUUCUACCUGGGUUGGGUCUCGCCCAUCCUCUUCCUCUGUGCAGGUGCCCUGAGUCUGACUGCACACUGCAACAGCCGCCGGGCCGGUUAUGAAGGACUGUGAGAACAGCGGGCGAGUUUGGAGUCUCUGAGGCCUGGACUCACCUCCACCCCCACCCCUCUCCCAGCCUUUCUCCAGCGCCCUUGCAUAUUCUUUCCUUCAUUCAACAAAGAUUGGUUUGGAAUCUG